GCUCCCGUAGUGUGGCAGCACUGCGUCGCACCUACUACACGUUGUAGGCUACCGAUGCGGUCAGUUGUCGUCUGUCACAAGAUGAUGAUUGCGGUUGUAAUAGUCCUGCUUGCAGGCUCUUGCGCUGCCUAUCACUACGAAGUAAAAAGAUUCACCGUACCGGUUGAUCAUUUCAGUUUUGAUAAUUCAGACACAUUCACAAUACGUUACUUAGUGAACAAUUCAUACUGGGACCAGAAACGAGGAUCCAUAUUCUUCUACACUGGAAAUGAAGGAGACAUUGAAAUGUUUGCAAACAACUCGGGAUUUAUCUGGGAGUCAGCACCUGACUUCAAGGCUCUUAUCAUCUUUGCAGAACAUCGUUAUUAUGGUGACUCCCUGCCUUAUGGCAAUAAAUCUUUUUCUGACCCGAAAUAUUUAGGCUACCUAACAUCACAACAAGCACUGGCUGACUAUGUGGAUCUAAUACAGCAUAUAAAAUCCAAACAAUUAUCAAGACCAUUUAACCGGCAGAAUCCAGUUAUAGCUUUUGGUGGGUCAUAUGGCGGAAUGCUUGCAGCGUGGAUCCGCAUGAAAUAUCCACAUAUUGUUUCUGGAGCAAUUGCAGCCUCGGCUCCUAUUUUGCAAUUCCCAGGGCUUGUUCCAUGUGAAGCAUUUUAUAGAAUUGUUACAUCAGAUUUCAGCUCAGAAUCUAAAGAAUGCUCUAAUACAAUACGAAAAUCAUGGGAUAUCAUCAGAAAGCUAAGCAAGACAGAUGAAGGUCGAAAAUGGCUGUCAACGAACUGGACACUUUGUAAACCACUUCAGUCUGAAGCUGACGCAGAUCUUCUAAUGUCUUGGCUAACUGAUGUGUACACAAAUCUAGCAAUGCUAGACUACCCAUAUGCCACAAAUUUUCUUCUUCCUCUUCCAGCUUACCCAAUAAAGACUAUGUGUAGCAAGCUGUAUAAUUCAUCUUUACCAGAUAAACCACUUCUGCAAAUGCUAUUCAGUGGUUUGAAUGUGUAUACCGGUAAAGAGAAAUGUUUAAAUAUCAGUGUAGAUGCUUCACCAAAACUUGGCGAACUUGGCUGGGACUUUCAGGCAUGUACAGAAAUGGUGAUGCCAAUGUGUUCCAAUGGAGUUACAGAUAUGUUUGACAAAGUGAAGUGGAAUUUCACAUCAUUUUCACAGUCUUGCUACAAGAAGUGGAAAGUAUAUCCCCAAGCAGACUUAGCUAUAAAAACAUAUGGUGGAAAGGAUAUAUCCACAGCAUCAAACAUUGUGUUCAGCAACGGUCUCUUGGAUCCAUGGUCAAGUGGUGGUGUUCUGAAAAAUGUCUCAGAGACUGCAGUGGCAGUUCUUAUUCCAGAAGGUGCUCAUCAUCUUGACUUGAGGGGAUCCAAUGAAGCAGAUCCUUCCUCUGUGAAGUGGGCUCGACGGUUUCAUCAACGCUCAAUUAGUUCAUGGAUAACUCAACAUUAUAAGAGUUGAAAACCACUUUGUACUUCUGUUUUGUGUGUUAAUCCUGAAAAUUAAAGUGAUUUACACGCACAUUAA